CGAGCGCAGCAGCGGGAGAGGACGGAAGGGCCGAGAAGGCAGCCUAGGUGGUGGCCUGCUGCUGCGGGCUGCGGCAAGAGCAGAGCAUCCCCCCGCCACUCGCGCUUCCCCCUCCGUCUCGCCUCGCCGACGCCGCACCACCCGUUUCUUUCCCUGCUGCUUGCUUGAUUUCCUUUCUCCCACCACCACCACCUCCCUCGAUCGCUUGAUUAAUUUUAGCCUGCAGCCCCCCCCCCCCCCCCCCCCCCCCCCCGGAUCGCCGAGCCAGCCAGCCAGCCAUGGAGGGGAAGAGCGUCGUCAUGUCCGCGCUGGGCAUCGGGAUCGGCGUCGGCGUGGGGCUCGGCCUCGCGUCCGCGCCCUGGGCCGGCGGCGCCUCGGCCUCCGCGCGGGCCGGCCUCACCGUUGAGCGCGUCGAGCAGGAGCUCAGGCGACUCCUCGUCGACGGCGCCACCAGCAAGGUCACCUUCGACGAGUUCCCCUACUACCUCAGUGAGCAAACACGUGUUGUGCUUACAAGCGCAGCGUAUGUUCACCUGAAGCAAGCAGACAUCUCCAAGUACACCAGGAAUCUUGCGCCGGCUAGCCGUGCAAUUCUGUUGUCAGGCCCUGCAGAGCUUUACCAGCAGAUGCUCGCCAAGGCGCUUGCCCACUAUUUCCAAGCAAAAUUGCUCUUGUUAGAUCCUACAGAUUUUCUUAUAAAGAUCCAUAGCAAAUAUGGCACUGGUGGCAGCACAGAGCAGCCUUUUAAAAGAUCAAUAUCUACAACAACCCUUGAACGUGUGUCUGGAUUGCUUGGAUCUCUUUCAAUCCUUCCGCAAAAGGAGCAACCAAAAGCAGGAACUAUCCGUAGACAAAGCAGCAUGACAGAUGUGAAGUUAAGGAGCUCCGAAAGUAUGAGCAACUUGCCAAAGCUCAGAAGAAAUGCAUCUACUUCAUCCGAUAUGAGUAGCCUGGCAUCGCAAGGUCCUUCAACUAAUACAGCUCCUCUCAGACGUGCUAGCAGCUGGAAUUUUGAUGAGAAAAUUUUAGUACAAGCAGUGUACAAGGUUCUGCAUUCAGUGUCUAAAAAGUAUCCCAUUGUACUCUACAUAAGAGAUGUCGAGAAGUUUCUUCACAAGUCCCCAAAAAUGUAUCUCCUGUUCGAAAAAUUACUAAACAAGCUUGAAGGGCCAGUGUUGGUCCUCGGAUCAAGAAUUGUAGAUAUGGAUAGUGAUGAGGAGUUGGACGAGAGACUUUCAGUUUUAUUCCCAUACAAUAUUGAAAUCAAGCCACCUGAAAACGAAAACCACCUUGUAAGUUGGAACUCGCAAUUAGAAGAAGACAUGAAGAUGAUUCAGUUUCAAGAUAACCGGAAUCAUAUUUUGGAAGUCCUUGCAGAAAAUGACCUCGAGUGUGAUGACUUAGGAUCAAUAUGCCUAUCAGAUACAAUAGGCCUUAGUAGGUAUAUAGAGGAGAUUGUGGUAUCUGCAGUUUCAUAUCACUUGAUGAAUAACAAAGAGCCGGAGUACCGAAAUGGAAAAUUAGUUAUAUCUGCAAAGAGCUUGUCUCAUGCAUUGGAAAUUUUUCAAGAAAACAAGAUGAGUAGUAAGGACAGCAUGAAGCUGGAACUGACUAGUGAUGCCUUGAAGGCUGCUGAAAAAGGAACUGCUCCAACUGCUGCCAAAUCAGAAACAAAACCUGCAACUUUGCUGCCACCGGUACGGCCUCCUGCAGCUGCUUCUACUGCCCCUGGCACUGCUGCUGCUGCCUCUGCUCCUGCAGCUGCGAGCAAAACAGAAACAGAGAAGAAGGAUAAUCCACCUCCAGCUGCAAAAGCACCGGAAGUGCCACCAGAUAAUGAGUUUGAAAAGCGUAUCAGACCUGAAGUGAUACCUGCUAAUGAAAUUGGAGUCUCAUUUGAUGAUAUCGGUGCCUUGGAUGAUAUCAAAGAAUCUCUUCAAGAACUUGUCAUGCUGCCUCUUCGACGCCCUGAUCUCUUCAAAGGUGGUCUUCUUAAGCCUUGCAGAGGUAUAUUACUUUUCGGUCCACCAGGAACCGGAAAGACAAUGCUGGCAAAGGCUAUAGCAAAUGAAGCUCAAGCAAGUUUUAUAAAUGUCUCGAUGUCAACUAUCACAUCGAAGUGGUUUGGGGAAGACGAAAAGAAUGUCCGCGCAUUGUUCACAUUAGCUGCCAAAGUAUCGCCAACUAUCAUCUUUGUUGACGAAGUUGAUAGCAUGCUUGGGCAGCGGAACAGAGCUGGGGAGCAUGAGGCAAUGAGGAAGAUCAAGAAUGAGUUCAUGACACACUGGGAUGGACUCUUGUCAAGACCAGAUCAGAGAAUUCUUGUUCUUGCUGCAACCAACCGGCCUUUCGAUCUUGAUGAGGCUAUCAUUCGUAGGUUCGAGAGGAGAAUCAUGGUCGGGCUGCCGUCAAUAGAAAGUCGGGAGCUGAUUAUGAGGCGGCUUUUGUCAAAGGAGAAGGUUGAUGAAGGUCUGGACUUUAAGGAGCUAGCGACCAUGACAGAAGGCUACAGUGGCAGUGAUCUUAAGAAUCUAUGCACCACAGCAGCAUAUCGCCCUGUCAGGGAGCUGAUCCAGAAGGAAAGAAAGAAGGAGCUGGUAAUCAGAUCACUACACACAAAAGCUUUCUAUUCACGAGGAAUUGUGUGCAUUCACUAUGUUAACCUUUGUUCUCAAUAUCUUCAGGAGAAGCUGAAGCGUGAGAAAGGAGGAACUCCAUCGGAACUUACAAAGAAGAAAGAAAAGGAGGAGCCAAUCAUCCUAAGGCCACUAAACAUGACAGACUUGAAGGAAGCAAAGAACCAGGUGGCUGCGAGUUUCGCUGCGGAGGGCUCCAUAAUGAGUGAGCUGAGGCAAUGGAACGAGUUGUAUGGUGAAGGUGGCUCCAGAAAGAAGGAACAAUUGACAUACUUCCUCUGAGCAAAUCUGAAUGACACAGCAGAAUGUAUGGACAUAAUUUGAAAGAGUAGAAUAGAGCACAAAACAGCCAUGAGGAAAUAGGCCGAACAUGUGUAACAACAUGAUGAGAAAUGGGGAGUGUUAGGGGGCAAGAAAUCAGGCCGUAGAAGCUGGUUUCUGGUGUAGAACUAGGAAAAACAGUUCUAUCUCCACCUUAAAUUCCAGUUGCCUGUGCUGGUUGUUGUAAUACACCAAUAAUGAAUCUGCGGCGCAGAUUCUUCCUUUUUUUCCCCCCCUUCGUGUUUGCCUGGUCACAAUAAUGCUUUUCGCAUAGGUUCUGGUCAGCCCCAAAA